AUGUAUAAAAUCAAUACUUUAGCAUAUAAAGAAUCACCAAAAACACUUUUAGAAUUAAUUACUAUUUUAAGGAUUUAUGAUAAGUAUAGAGAUGAUGAAUCAAUUAGAAUUUUAACUGCGAUCUAUUUCUGGCGUUACCACAUUGAUAAAUAUCUUCAUUAUGUGGAUAAAAAAGGUCACACUGAUUUCAUUUUAAAUUGUUUCUUUGAUGAUUCAAAAAAUGUUUUUAAAGAAUUAAGUGGAUAUACCCCUCUUAAUUCAAGUUAUUAUAGAUUUAAACUUUAUCAGAAAAUUAUUAACGAUCAAAGGUUAAAAGAAUAUUUUGAAAAUAAAUCUAGUAAAUUAAAAGAAAAGUUGGAUCUUUGUAAAAAUUAUUUUCUUUGGUCUAUAAAAUUUCGAGGCGAAUAUGAUUUCACUCGUUUACAUAGUAUCAUUUAUGACGGAAAAUCCGAUGAAAUUUUAAGAUAUCCAAUUUCAGGAAAAUAUAAUGAUGGUUCAUUUAAUGAAAAGUAUUUUAAAAAUAAUAAUAAUAAUAAUAAUAAUAAUAAUAAUAAUGAUUAUAAAACAUUCAUUCUAUCAGAUGUAAUAAUUGAAAAGGUAAUUAGAGAUUCAUUAUGUUAUAUUGAUGAUAGAAUGGAUAAAGUAAUUAUAAAUGAUAAUUUAUUAUCAUAUGGAUUAGUAUGUAAACAAUUCUUUAAAGUAUUAUCAAGAAUAUUAAAUAAUGAAUAUUUUGAAUGGAAGAAAUCAAUUAUACAAUUUAAUAACGAUAGUGAAUUCAGUUUAAUUAAACAACCACCAUUAUAUUUCGAUUAUCAAUCAAUCAGAUUAAUACCAUAUUCAAGUAGUAUUGAAUAUGUGAAAUUAUUAUUCUCAAGAGUCCAAUCAUUUUAUAUUAAAACCGAUGAAUAUGAUUCUGUGAACAAAGACAUGAAAAGAGGAUAUAGAAUAAUUCCUGAUGAAUUACCUGAUUAUACCAGUGAUAAUUAUAUGGAAAAAGACACAUUUCGAAGAAAUAUUAAAUCACCUGGAUAUUUAGUUUAUCCACCACCAAUGCCUUCAUUAGAAAGUAUCACUAUUGAUAAAUAUUAUGGACUCGAAUCAAAUUAUGCACAUUUAAUUAAACAUAUCUUAAUAAAAUAUUUCAAAGAUUUUAAAACUUCAAAACUCAACAUCAACGAUAGAUUUGGUAUUAAAAGAUUUUCAAUCAAUAUUCAAGAGUAUCGUAAAUAUUUAAAUGAUAAAUCAAAUAUUAAAUUCAUUAAGCAAGUAUUAGAAUAUCAUUCAAAUUCAUUAGAAAAAGUUGAAAUUGAUUGUUCAAAUACCCAAUAUAUAUGUCUAAACCAAUUAGAAUCUUUAAAAUCAUUAAUCGAUAAUCAAUCAAAUAAUAAAAUAUAUUGGUCCAUAUCAACUAAAAAUAUCAACAACAACAACAACAACAACAACAACAACAACAACAACAACAACAACAACAACAACAACAACAACAACAACAAUUACCAACAUGCAAAAAACCGAAGUGAAAGUAAAAGAGAAAGUGAAAAUGAAAAUGAAAAUGAAAAUGAAAAUGAAAAUGAAAAUGAAAAUGAAAAUGAAAAUGAAAAUGAAAAUGAAAAUGAAAAUGAAAAUGAAAAUGAAAAUGAAAAUGAAAAUGAAAAUGAAAAUGAAAAUGGGAAUGAAAGUGAUAGUGAAAGUGAUAGUGAAAGUGAUAGUGAUAAUGAAAAUGAUGCAAAAUAUCUUAGUUUUAGUGAAAAUGAAAAUGAAAAUGAAAAUGAAAAUGAAAAUGAAAAUGAAAAUGAAAAUGAAAAUGAAAAUGAAAGAUAUGAAAGUGAUAGUGAAAGUGAUAGCUAUUCUUUCAGCCUUUAA